AACGUGUGUGGUCCUGUGGAGGGUGGUCCACAUGUCAUAUAUUGGACAGGACGUCACCCCCAGGUGCCCUGUGGCGAUUACGCGCAUGCACAAACGUGCACACACACACUGUAUGAACUAUAUGACUAUCCUGUGUUGCUGCAAUUGCAUGCAGACUGGACUCAUGUCGUGCAUGCAUUAGACUAGUAGACAGCACUUUCCCUCUCAAAUGCAAUGCAAAAAUUAAAAAAAUAAUAAAAAAUGGACCCGAUAACUUUAACAGCAGGGUAGGAAGAGAGGAAGAAAAAAAAAACCUCCGUCUGGCAGCAGUCGAUAUUAAAACCAUGCAGAGGGAGAGAAGCUCGGGGCCUUCCAGAGUCAGGAAAAAGAGUUCGGAGAGCUGCAGACAGGAGAUGAGGAUGGCUUUUCUAUUUCCCCCCAGCCCAUUGAUUUGUAUAUGAAAACAUAGCGCUUUUCUUCUCCCCCCUUCUGGGCUCUGCUUCUGAGUGAUCAGCUGAUGAAGAGACUAGCAGCUCGCCGCUAUGCUGGCUUGCUAAUUCUCUCCCCCACAGCUGCAGCCGAUCCAGAUAGCCAGCCUGCACAUUGCAACCAGCCUGAGGCAGGAGAGAACGGUUCCCUGGAGGAGAUGGAAGAGGACAUCAGUCUGAAGAAGCGUAAAGGUGAUCAUCAUGGGGAGAAAGAACUGCAGGCCGGGCAGGAAACUGGCGAAAAGGUCAAAAGGAAGCGAGGACGCCCACCUGCUGAGAAACUGCCUCCAAACCCACCUGAACUCACCAGAACACUGAGCACACUAGUAGAUAUGGUUAUCAACUACAAGGACGGGUUGGGUCGACAGAUCAGCAAAGGCUUUGUGCAGCUUCCCUCUAAGAAGGAGGUACCGGAGUACUACGAGCUGAUCCGAAAGCCCGUCGACUUCAGAAGGAUCAGGGAACGUGUGCGUAAUCACAAGUACAGAAGCGUUGGGGAUUUGGAGAAGGAUAUCUUCCUCCUGUGUCACAACGCUCAGACCUAUAACCUGGAGGGAUCUCAGAUCUACGAGGAUUCGAUUGUCAUUAAGUCGGUUUUCGAGAGCGCGAGACAGCGAAUCGUCACGGACGAGGCACAGAAAGAGACGGUCAGACCAGGUCACAGCGAUAAUGGCGGCGGAGCUGAAGACCAAUUUGUUCCAUCAGCAGUGAAAGCGUUACCAGUGAAGCUAAAGAAGGGGACUAAGGAGGGAAGAAGCAGAAACACCAUGGCCAAGAGGCUCCACAGUGAUUUAGACAGCGAUGAGGAUCUAGAGGAUAACACCACAAAAGAUGAAGGUUGAACAGAAUGACCCUUGGUUUUUUUUGUAUUCUUGCUCAUGUCUAUUCUCUACCCCCCCUUUUCAUUGGUUUCCUCCAUUUUCUAAGCAAAAGAAAGGAAAAUAAGCUGGGAAGGAGCAGUCAAAGACAGCCACUUAUGGAACAAUGCGUUUUUCUUUUAGAUGACUCAUGCCACUCAAACACGUCUUGCUGCACAUAGUGCUGGUUCUUCUCAUUUAGCUGGUCUUUUAUUCUCAUUUCAGUUAUCUGCCUUAGUCUCUGUGAUCGCUUCUGCAAAUAUUAUGUAAAACACCAGUUUCUCUCUGACUGUUUUUAAAUCAAUAUAUUUGAUUGUAUGAAAUGCCUUCAUACGUCUUGGAGCAUGAUGUGUAUAUGUCUCCUGAAAGCCGGCUCCUCCAGAGUAGUACCCGCUGAUGACAAUGUUGAUGUGUUCAGGGCUCGAGAAGCACACGGGAAGAACGUGUUUUUAAAGAAAAACAACAAAUGAACACUGUAAAAAAUCUCUAAAAUGUGAUUUUAGAGAUAUUUGAUAAGAAAAAAAUGAAGUAUGAAGUCAAAGAGACUUGAAAAUAUAGUUAUACUUUUGUCUGUUUCUGAUUCUUGAUGGAAUAAGUUUGGGUCUAAUCAAGUUCAACAUUUACAGUAUAUCCACAUAUUGUACAGUUUGUGUGAAAAAGUAAAAAAAAAAAACUUUUCAUUUACUCUCCUGGUUGUCGGGGGAGGGUGGAAGACAUCAUUGUUAAGACAAUCCCUGGAAACUUGUAUCACUUAAACACUUGCAAAAUAAAUUUUACCAAAAGUC